AUGGGUGCUUGUUUCGGUAAGAAAAGUGCUAAGUAUUCUACUCAAUACAAAACUCAACUACAACAACCAAAAAAACAAGACAUAAUUUUAGAAGAAAUCGAGCCAAAAGAGCCUUCUCCGUCACUCUCAAAGAAACUACAAAACACUGAUGGCGUCACAGAAGAAAAUAAUGGUGAAUUUCGAACAUCGGAAUUGAUUGGAAAUAGCAUCGAUUCAGAAGUUGAACUUAUAAUUGACGAGCAGAAGAAAAUCAAUGAAGUACUUUGUCAACCAUUUCCAUCGCGCAUUGUGUCAGUUACAGAAUCUGAACUUGAGUACGAAUUGGCUAAUCUCAUUUAUGGACAUCCAGAAAUUGACUAUGUAGAUAAGUCAUUAACUUCUAUUACAAAUAAAUCGAAUAAUUCUUAA